AUGGCCUCUUCCAUGUCUCGAAGGUCACCCGUGACACCGCCAUACGACGAUGACUACAGCCAAAGCCCAAAGGGUCUGCGGGGGCCGGGAUUGAGAAACAGUCCAACGUCGGCCUGCCUGCCCGUUCCCACCAUGAGGUUCUCUCCGCCCGCGACGCCCCGAAGCUCACGACCGAAUAAGAUGUCCUUGCGCCUGAGGAGCAAUUCUGGCCUGUCAUUACACACAAACGAAGACGCCUUCCGUCGAUACACCGACUACAAUCCCGAUGGGUCCCCGAGAUCCCCGACUUUUGGGCCCGGUAUAUGGCCCAGUCUCGACAGCGUCUCAACAAGUCUGCGCCGAAGCUUCGGGCCACCAGUCAUGGAGAUCGAACCAGAGACUUUGUCUAUACCAGACUUCCUCGGCCGAGAGGUGUUUCAGAUGGUUCUCGCCAAUGCCUCCGUCUCUCAACGUUUCUUCCAUUUCGCCCAAAAUCAUGGCUGCGGUUCGGACAUCGAAUUCCUUCUGAGGACCCAGGAAUACGCGAAAUCAUUAGCACUGUUUGGGAAACAAGCCUCAUCAAUGCCGACACCAGCAAACCUACCUUCAACUGUCUCCAAGUCACUGAAUGCCGACAUGAAGCAGUUGACAAAUUCUGUUCUCCCAGGUCUCGAAUCGAUGUUUGCAGAAUCUACACGAUGCGUCGAGCAGCGAGUUGCCCGGUCCAUCUAUCCAGCAUUCGUGAAGCAUCAGCUUGCCAUCUCCACCUCGGCAGCUCUAUCCGGCACUCGCGUCUUCAGAUAUCCUGGCCUUGCCGAGUCGUUCUGCUUGACGGACGCAUUGAGCCCAGACUACCCCAUCAUCGCCGCAUCAGAUGCCUUUGUUUCUGUUACUGGGUAUCCAAAAGUCGAGGCUCUGUCAAGCAACUGCCGGCUCUUACAAGGAUCCCUCACGGACCAGGACACCGUCAAACGCCUCCGGGAUACUAUCGCGCGGGAGGAGGAGUCGUUGGAGCUCGUCCUCAACUACCGGAGAGACGGCACCCCGUAUUGGAACCUUCUACUCACCUGUCCGCUCACGGACUCUUCCGGCAAGCUACGAUACUACCUCGGGGGGCAGAUCAAUGUUUCGGAGAACGUUUGUGACUACAAAGACCUUCUCCGGAUUCUCAACUUUGGGCCGGCCCUAGAUGAGGUCAAGGAAGAGACCUCGGGUCGGGAGUCCCGAGUCAGUCGCCGCAUGAGCCGUACGAGCAGCCGAGACAGAAAACAGGAACGGCGGACAAGUCUCCGCAAUAGGGAUAGUCUUCACAACAAAGGGCCCAAGAAAAGCCUCUUUCAACCAUUCCGAAAGCAUACGACGCACAACAGCAACAAUCAAGAAAACACGUCACCGUCGCGGGGCGUCGGCCUUGGCUUGGAGCAGUUGCUAACGGUCUCAAGCUCAGAAGAGCAGCUUUCGACACCCGCUCCGCUGGACUCUGUUUACUCUGGCUACAGCCGAUUCAUUGUUUUGCAAAACACAGACGGACCUUCCGCCUUCCCGCCAAGGUCAUCGUCUCUGCCCGCU